UUCUUAAACCCUAUUCAGCCUAAUGGGGUUUACUCCCACCACUGCCGGAACACCAUACACAAUGAUGAGCUUAACGUCAACCUCACUGCCAUUGGCCUCCAAGGGGGCUUUAGCUGCUGCCUCGACCUCCGUCGUGACUCUUCCGCAACACCACUCUGCCUUCGUCUUGUCUGCGUCCGCCGUUGUUGUUCCCGGUAAGAUUGAAGCGUCUUCCGGAUUCUGUUCACUGUCCGGCCCCUUUAGGAGGUGCUUUCAUGUGAAAUCCGGGCCGUUGAGUUUCAGGGCGUCGGCCGCUGUACAGACGGAGUAUGCUUUAGCAGAUUUUAGAUACGUUGAAGAGAAGAGAGGGACUACUGGCGGGGAUGCUGAGGAUGGGAUUGAGAUUGCGAAACUUGAGAUAUCUAGAGAUAUUGUGUCUGCUUUGGCGGGGAGGGGUAUUACCAAAUUGUUUCCUAUUCAGAAAGCUGUGUUGGAACCAGCAAUGCAAGGGCGUGACAUGUUUGGUCGAGCUAGAACAGGAACAGGGAAAACUCUUGCUUUUGGGAUUCCCAUUUUGGAUAAAAUCAUCGAGUUCAAUAAGAAGCACGGAAAAGGAAGAAAUCCUUUGGCCUUAGUUAUGGCACCGACUAGAGAACUUGCGCGACAAGUUGAGAAGGAAUUCCAACAGUCAGCACCUGGUUUGGAUACAAUAUGUGUUUAUGGCGGCACACCCAUAUCAAGCCAAAUAAAGCAGCUCAACUGGGGUGUUGAUAUAGCUGUUGGAACACCUGGUCGUGUCAUUGAUUUGAUGAAGAGAGGUGCUUUAAAUCUCUCAGAGAUUCAGUUUAUUGUUCUUGAUGAAGCUGAUCAAAUGCUUAGCGUGGGAUUUGCCGAAGAUGUUGAUGUAAUCAUGGAGAAGUUGCCGCAUAAACGUCAAACCAUGAUGUUCUCUGCAACAAGGCCUACUUGGAUAAGGGAGCUUGUCAGGAAGCAUAUGAAUAAUCCUAUAACCAUUGAUCUUGUGGGAGAAUCUGAUCAGAAGCUGGCAGAUGGAAUAACCCUUUAUUCAAUUCCUUCAGAUACAUAUGGAAAAGCUUCGAUUAUUUCUCCUCUUAUAACGGAGCAUGCAAAAGGAGGGAAGUGCAUUGUUUUUACUCAAACCAAACGUGACGCUGAUCGUUUGGCAUAUGCUAUGGCAAGGAACUUGAAAUGUGAGGCUUUGCAUGGGGAUAUUUCCCAAAGUCAAAGGGAAAGGACACUCUCAGGCUUCAGGGUUGGACAUUUUAAUGUAUUAGUUGCUACUGAUGUUGCUGCUCGUGGCCUUGAUAUUCCAAAUGUUGAUCUGGUAAUCCAUUACGAGCUGCCAAACUCUUCAGAGACUUUUGUUCAUCGAUCUGGUCGUACAGGCCGUGCAGGGAAGAAAGGAACUGCCAUUUUGAUCUACACACAGGCGCAAACCAGGGCUGUCAAGGUUAUCGAACGUGACAUUGGAUGCAGAUUUACAGCGCUUCCUAAGAUUGCUGUCGAGGGUGGAGCUGGGGACAUGUUCGGUGGCAUGGCUGCUGGUGAUCGAUUUGGCAUGAGAGAGAAUAGAUUUGGAGAUACAGGAUUUGGACGUUCUGGUAGUCGAGGGGAUUAUGGAUCUGGUCGUUCUGGGGGAAGCAGGAGUCCUGGGUUUGGUCGCUCUAAUGGAUCUGGUCGUUUUGGUGGAUCUGGCUCUAGACGUGUUGGUUCUGAUGGUUACCGUUCUGGGACUUUUGAUACUCCUGGUGCCGAUCAUGGUUUUGGGGAGUUUGGUAGAUCAGACCGUUCUAGUGGUUUUGGGGACUUUGGUUCAGGUCGUCCUAGUGGAUUUCGUGGCAAUAAGUCAAGCCGAAGUUCUAGCGGUUUUGGUGAAUUUGGUUCAGGACGUUCUGGUGGAUAUGGUGCUAAUCGAUCAACCCAAAGAAGUCGUGGUUUUGGCACUUAUUCUAGUGAAUUUGGUGGCCGCUCUGCUGACAACAGUUUUGCUGACGAUUAAAUACUCUGAGAAAGCCAUUCUAUCUUCAUAGUUUGUGGUGAGAAGGCAAUGUAUAACUAAUGCCUGGAUAAAAUGAACAAUGAGAAACGAUGAGCCCGUAUAAUACAUCUAGUUUGCUGGAUCGGCUGCAAGCCUGCAAGGCAUGAUGGAUUUCUGCUGCUGGGUGUACUUGAUACCUUAUUGUUGAUGGACAUUUAGGUUAUAUUAUUAUCCAAGAAUAAUUUAUUAAUCUAGCUCAUGUGUGAUGUGUAAAGUUAAGGAAAAUAGUAUGCUGCUUUAACAGUUCUUUCCUUUUAUUUUUGUGUUUUCCCGCUUAAUUUUUUGUUCAUUCAUGAGUACACAAUUUCUAAGUUUUUGUAUUCACCCCAUUCAAUACAAGAAGGAAUCUGUUCGUAA